UGUCGAGUCCACUUCCUGGUUACGCAUCGAGGAAAUAGUGUUAUUGGAUACGGAAUCGUGAAGUUUCUUCCUAAACUAUUUACAUCACUUAUAACGCGUAUUUUUCUAACAAUAUUAACUCGAGGAGUCGGGCUGCUUGUUAUUACUAGACAAUCUGAAAGCAUUAAGGAUACCGAUGGUAACAUAGGAGUUGAUGUCGGAGGGGAAGUGAGGACGUGAGCGCCACGUCACUGCAGGAAACAUCACUAACUCAGGAUCCUGCCUGCAUUUACAUCGGAAUAAAAGCAAAGACUACACGUGUGUGUCACUGCUGAUCGAUUAUCUCGGAUAUAAAAGCUGUACACGUCAAGAAAGCUAAAAUGACGUCGUCUAAUUGGGGUUUAAUAAUGAACGUGGUGAACAGCAUUGUGGGAGUCAGUGUGCUGACCAUGCCCUUCUGCUUUAAACAGUGUGGUAUAGUGCUAGGCACUCUGUUGCUUUUCUUCUGCUCGUGGAUGACCCAUCAGUCCUGCAUGUUCCUGGUCCAUGCAGCCAGCAACACUAAGCGCAGGACUUAUGCUGGACUGGCUUUUCAUGCUUUUGGUAAACCAGGAAAGGCACUUGUGGAGCUGAGUAUGAUAGGCUUAAUGCUUGGUACAUGCAUUGCAUUCUACGUGGUCAUUGCAGACCUUGGGUCAAACUUCUUUGCCCAACUUUUAGGCCUCCAGGUAACAGGCAGUUUCCGUAUCCUGCUGCUCAUUGCUGUGUCACUGUUCAUCGUGCUACCUCUGAGUCUGCAGAGGAACAUGAUGUCAUCUCUCCAGACAUUUUCAGCCAUUGCACUGAUCUUCUACACGCUCUUUAUGUUCACGAUGGUGUUCUCAUCCUUCAAACAUGGCCUCUUCAGUGGCCUGUGGCUCAACAGGGUCAUUUACGUACGCUGGGACGGCGUCUUUCGCUGCAUCCCUAUCUGUGGCAUGGCAUUCGCCUGUCAGUCGCAGGUGUUACCUACCUAUGACAGCCUGGAUGAGCCUUCAGUGAAGAGAAUGAGCACCAUCUUCACCUCAUCUCUCAACGUUGUUACCACCUUUUACAUCACAGUGGGGUUCUUUGGCUAUGUAAGUUUUACAGACACCAUAGCUGGGAAUGUGCUGAUGAAUUUUCCCUCUAAUCUCGUGACGGAGAUGAUCCGAGUGGGCUUCAUGAUGUCCGUGGCUGUGGGCUUCCCCAUGAUGAUCCUGCCCUGCAGGCAGGCCAUCAACACCAUGCUGUUUGAGCAGCAGCAGAAGGAUGGCACUUUUGCUGCUGGUGGGUACAUGCCACCCCUUCGCUUCAAGAGCAUUACCCUGUGUAUCGUCUUCGGCACUAUGCUGGGAGGUAUCCUCAUUCCGAACGUGGAAACAAUCCUAGGUCUGACUGGAGCCACUAUGGGCAGCUUGAUCUGCUUCAUCUGCCCUGCUCUCAUAUACAGGAAGAUCAUGAAGAAUGGCCUUACUGCUCAGCUGGUUCUGUGGGUUGGGCUUGGGAUUCUACUCUUAAGCACCUUCACCACUCUGUCCAUCUCCAGUGAGCCAGAUCAAGUACAGCCUCCUGCUAUCGUCCCCAAAACUAAUGACAAACCGCCUGUUGUUGCUGUGCCAGAGCUGCCCAAACAUCCUGCUGAUCAAACCGCAGUGGCACCAGUGGCAGCAGGAAAACCGGACAAACCUAAGACGGCUGUGGAUCAGCUCUUGCCUGCAGAGGAGGUAAAGGGCCCAGAGGAGAAGGAGCCACAGAUAAAAGUACCUAUGGAAGUGCCUGAGGGGAAGGACAAUGAGGAGGUUCAGCUGGACCGUCCUGGAGCAGCAUACCUUACUAUCUCAGAAGUUGCAGUGCCUGAUGGAGAGGCUCACCGCCAUGAACCACCCAUCCCUCAUGACAAGGUUCAGAUAGAGAAGAACAAGAACCAGCAGGAGCUCGACGAAGAAAAGAACCAAGCUGCUGGAAAGGAAGAGGAGGAGUUAGCAGAACAGGGGGCAGGCCAGCAGCAGGAGUUGACAGAAGAUAAAGUGAAGAACGAGGUGGCGCAUAAAAAGCAGGAUGCUGCGAUGGUCCAUGUGGCCCAGGACCUGGCCAAUGAGAAGAUGGAAGAACAGAAGCAGCCAGAGUUAGUGGCAGUGGUGCAUAAGCCUGUGGAGCAGCCAUCUUUAAUAAAGGAGCAGGAAGCUGAGAACAAACUGCAAGCUGAUAAGAAAUCGGAGGAAAAUAAUAAAAAACCAGCUGACUUUGAGAAACAUCCUGACCCGGGAGGCCAUUUGGCUGAAGUGCAUGAUGGGGCUGCCAGUCAAGAGCGUAAAGAAGAGAAAAAACAAGAAGGGAAGGACACCAAGGACGGAGAUGGAGACAAGAUGGAAGUGAUUAAAAAGAUCGUUGCAGAGGGAGUGUUGGACCAUGCCGUGCUAUUGCAGGUGAUCAAAGAGCAGCAAGAGCAACAGAAGAGGCUGUUGGACCAACAGGAGAAACUCCUGGCUGUAAUUGAGGAGCAGCACAAAGAAAUCCAUCAGAAAAAGGAUGAAGAGGAGGAACCCAAAGCUGCAGGUGAGCAUGCAGCUGACGCAGGUGAAGUAGUGCAGCAGCAGCAGGAUAAAGCAGAUGGAGACGAGAAGGCGAAAGCCCCAGAACAGAGUUUAGACCACCACCAGGAACCUGAGAAGGCAGCACAUGUAGCUGAAGCUCAAAUACAACAAGUGAAAGAACCAAUAGUAAAACGUGAUGGGGAAGAAGCAGCAGACAGCCACAAGAAUGCUGUUGCUCUCAACCCAGCACAAGAUGAAGCCAAACAGGAGAAACAGCCUCCACAACUCCCAGUGCAUGGAGAUGAUAACACCCAAAGAGAACUUGGUGCACGAGGGGUGCCAUUACGCCAGCAUCAGCCUGACCCUGCUAAAGAUAACCUUGAAGAGCUUCAUUCAGAAGAUAUCGCCAAGGAGGAGGAACAAGUAAGGCAGAGGUUGGCCCAGCUGGAAGCUGAGAAAGAACGACUUGAAAAGGAAAGAUUGGAGAAAGAGAAGCUCGAGAAGGAAAGAUUGGAGAAAGAGAGGCUUGAGAAGGAAAGACUGGAGAAAGAGAGGCUGGAGAAGGAAAGAUUGGAGAAGGAGAGGCUGGAGAAGGAAAGAUUGGAGAAGGAGAGGCUCGAGAAGAAAAUAUUGGAGAAGGAGAGGGUUGAGAAGGAUGGAAAAAGGAUGGAAAAAGAAAGGCUCGAGAAGGAAAGACUGGAGAAAGAGAGGCUCGAGAAAGAAACAUUGGAGAAAGAGAGGUUUGAGAAAGAGAGGUUGGAAGCAGAGAGGUUGAAACAAGAGAAGGACAGGCUCGACCAGGACCUCAUAAAGCAGGCUGAAAAGGAGCAGAAGAUGAUGGAGCAGAGGGAAAAAUUGGUCGAGCUGCAGAAGAUAAUUGACAGUCGAGACAACGAUCAGAAUGAAGUCCUCGUUAAAGAGCAGAAAGUUCCUCAACCUCAGAAGAAAGGAGGCAGGGACUUGAAGGAGAAUUUGGAUUUGGAAGUAGAGGAGCCUCAGAAAGAACAGAAGAGUACAGAGGAGGGAGAGAUGGACCUGAGGAGGCGACGCAGGGCUCUGGGGGCUGAAGAGAGACGAGUGCCUGGACUGGAACCACUGCUGGAGCUUGGAGGGUCAGACCUCCAUGUAGCACUCGAAGCUCAGCUGCUGGCUGGAGCUUUAGUCCAUUCCCGCCAGAUUAAACAAACUUCAUACAAACAAAACACAGAUGAGUAGUUGUUCAGAUUUGUAGCUUUCUAGGGACUCUCUACUCCAGAGAUCUGCCGCUCUUAACAGUGAUUUCUUUUGCACUUUAAUCUAAAAGAAAAUGGUUGGCCUUUAAUCUCUUAUACACGUUGGAAAAACUAACGAAUCAAGAAUGGUGGGCUCAACAACAAACCAACCAUCAUAAAUGGACAUGUUAAAAUUUCUGUUUGCCUCAUAUACUAAGGAUUAAUGCCAAGGUGCCAGAAAUCAACUGUAUGUGGAAGGUCACUGCAAACUUGCAUUUGUUAAAAUCACUGUUGAUUUGCAUACAUGUACACACACAGCCAUUAGAUAUUCUACAUUCAUCCUAAAGGGUGCAGUGGGUCCAUUAUAAAUCUCUUGAUAUUUAUUAGCAGCAGGUCAAUUUUGAGCGAUUAAACUGCCAAAGUUUCCAUAAACAUGCUUGUUUAACAUCCUUAAAAUGAUACUGUUCCACUACUUUCAUUUGUAUGAAAUUAUGAUUUGGGUUUUUUUCUAUAAAAUAAAGACCAAAGGUUUUGGUGGAGCACACACACACGCACAAACGCAUGUAUAUGUAAACAUACAUAUACACACACACACCAGAAUAGUGGCAGGGAUACUUUACAGUCAUGUUCUUUCUCUUCACAUUCAUGCCUCUGCUAUGUGGUUUGGGUGACAUUCAGAAAUAUCAAUCCACUUGAACUCUGUCCAUCAGUCCAUUAAUGUUGUGUUAUUUAUUUGAGGUCAGGAUGAUUUCAGGUAUCUUGUCUGUGUUGGCAGGAUUCCAGGUUGUUUGAGUUUACUUUCAGUAUCAGUUCAUUCUAAGCGAAUGGCUUAUUUAAACACAAAUGUGUCUACAAUUUAUAUACGUACACCAUAAGGCCAAAAGUAUGUGGACCCUUGACCAUCACACCCAUAUGUGGGCACACAGUUGUAUCGAAUAUCUCUGUGUAAAGCAUUCUAAUUUGCCUUCACUGGAACUAAGAGGCCUGUACCUGUUCCAGCCUAACGGUGCUCCUGUGUAUAAAGUGAGGUCUGUGAAGACAAGACUGGAGUGCAAGAACUCGAGCGGUUUAAACAAGCCCUGAACUCAACCCCCACUGAACAUUUUUGGGAUUAACUGGAAUGACAACUGCACCCCAGACCUUCUCAUCCAACAUGAACAAUUGAUUUCACUAAAGUUCUUGUAGCUGAAGGGACAGAUGCGUCGACAACCAUGACAGGAAAAGGGGACUAAACAAGAAAGGUGUUAAACAAGAAUGAUGGUCAGGUGUCCAUAAACAUUUGGCUAUGUAAGGUAGAUAAAUAGUAGACUUAUAAUUUAUAAACCCGGAUAAAGGACCAAAUGCUGUUAAUAUUAAAGAACACAACCUGCCACCUUUUACUUUUGAUCACAUGAUCACAGCCAGUGCCGUUAAACUUAGCUGGAGGCAAAGACUAGAGUAUUGAAGACUUCUGUCUUAUAUUCUUCUGUCCAUUCUGUGAUGAACAGUGAACAAUGACCACAGCCUUUUCCAUAUAAUGAAUGUGUGUUUAUUCUUUAAAAGGAGAACAAUCUUAUGUACCAUGUUUAGGGCUCAGUCCAUGAUUUGAACAUGAAUGUUUGCAAACUGCUUGGAGCACUUUGUUAAUGCUACAAAAAUCCAAAAAAAAUUAUAAUAAUAGUAAUAUUGUCCAGGAAAGGUUUUAUAGAAAUGUUUAUUUUUCUAGACCUAUCAGAUAAUAAUUUAUUUUUCUCCUUUUCGGAGUGACUUUGUGUCUUUAAAAAAAAAAAAAAAAAAAGUUACUGAAGAGCAAUGCAAGCUGUCAGUAGUUAGUUCACACUUAUUGGGUUUUUUUUGUAUGUAUAGAGAUACUAUAACACAAAUUGGACCAUUUUACAAAGCUCAAUGCAUAUCAGUGUGUAGAUUUGUGUGUAUGUGUUGAUCCUUCUCUUGUUCUACGUUCCUCACUUUUGCCUAGAAAUAUUUUCUAUUUCGGUUUUCACAUUCACAGUGUGACGUUUUUUGUUUCUUCAGUCUUUGCCUCUUUAAGUUUAUGGUUUGAUAAAUGUCAUUGUUAUAACUGUGCUGUUCUGGCUUACUUUUAGGGUCCAUUCCUUUAACGUCUCUCGUAUGUGUUUAGUGGUCAGGUGAGCUAAAGCAGGACACACUGCUGUAAAUUCUACAGCCUGUACAUUUACUGACCUGAACCUGCUGUUUCAGUUUAAGUAUUGAAAAUAUAUUUAGACAAACUUGUGUUUUGCAGAGGAUGUGCAUAAGAAUGACAUACCAUCAUCUCUGAGGUGGUAAUUAAAUGAAAAUGUAGAAGUAAAGUUCAGCAAUUUAUUUAUUUUCAUGGUUUGGCGCAGUUUAUUGCUUCAUUUGUUCACAUUGUUUUAGUCCUCUUUCACCACAGCAGUUUUCCAAAUGUUACAUUUUUUGUUUAUUAAAGAAUGACCCACUGUAGUUUUUGUGUCUGUUUAUAGUUAUAUUGAGUGUUGUGAAGCCGUAACAAACGUUGUAUGUGUCUUUGUUAAAGAACACUUGAAAAACUCUGUGUAUUGUCCAGACUUUAGCUAUGAUCAUUUUGUCCCACCGUCCUCUUCAUGAAUAAACAGGUCUUUGUUGUCUGUUCA